ACAGCCGAUAUCUACCGGAGUAUGUUUAAAUUUGGCGUAUUCAAUGCGAUGCAGUCCAAGUGCUUUGAAUCUCAUUGCGCAGCGCCAACUGGGAGUGGGAAGACCGUAGUGUUUGAAUUGACGAUUAUUCGUCAGCUCAUGGAAGGAAAUUGCGAUGCCAAGUGCGUGUACAUGGCCCCCACGAAGGCUUUAUGCUCCGAACGGUUCCGCGACUGGACUGCGAAAUUUCAAGGGGUGGGAAUCACGUGUUGCGAACUUACUGGCGACACCUACGAAACGGGUAGGGCAGCCUGGAAUAAGGCAAAGAAUAGCAUGAUCAUUAUAACCACGCCUGAGAAAUGGGACUCUCUAACACGCAACUGGAGCGACAAUAGCAUAAUUUUAGCCCAGAUGAAACUCUUCCUUGUUGAUGAGGUGCAUAUACUUAACGAAAAUCGUGGGAGCACUUUAGAGGUAUGCCUGGCUCGUAUGCGGCUACGCGGUUCCAGUGUACGCUUCGUGCUUGUUUCUGCAACCGUUCCCAAUGUGGAAGAUAUUGCUGCAUGGAUUGGAGAUGCCAGCACGGGUGGAACCACUGGUUCUGCCACAGUUCUUAAGUUCGGCGAAGAAUUUCGACCUUGCCCCAUCACGAGACUUGUGCACGGUUUCGUACGCAAGCCUAACAACAACGACUUUCAGUUCAAUGCAACGUUGGACUUCAAGAUUUUCAGCAUCCUUCAAGAAAAAAUCCAAGACAAGCCGGCUCUGAUCUUCUGCGCGACCAGAAAAGGUGUUUUUUCCACUGCCGAACAGAUCGCCAAAGAAUAUAAAGCUUUGUUGGAUUCAAACUCGGCCGUCCCUUGGCCGGCGCCGAAGCAUGUCGACGUGCACUUCUUUGAUAAGGCCUUAUACGAACUUGCCCUAUGCGGCAUAGGCGUCCAUCAUGCUGGGAUCCAUGUAUCGGAUAGGCGGACCAUCGAGGAGCUGUUCAUCCGAAAGCAGUUGCGUGUCGUAGUGGCGACCUCGACACUCGCAGUUGGCGUGAACUUCCCCGCUCACACGGUAGUGAUCAAGGGUACUAAACAGUGGACUGACAAGGGCUGGGCCGAGUAUUCGGAUCUUGAUGUCAUGCAGAUGAUGGGAAGAGCGGGUCGGCCCCAGUUCGAUAAAGAGGGUUUGGCGAUUAUUAUGACGGAAUCUUCCCACGUAGCUCGAUACAACGCUCUUGCAUCCGGCAGAACGCUGCUCGAAAGCUCUCUCCAUCUAAAUCUCACUGAACACAUUAACUCGGAGAUCAGGCUGGGGACGAUCUCGAGUACCGACAGUGCGAAAGAGUGGUUACACAGCUCGUUCUUAUUUCAACGGAUACGAAAGAACCCUCGUCAUUACAGCAUGGGAAAAGAUGAAAAGCAGUCUUGGGAAGCGCGGCUGGACGAUCUUGUCGAUGACUCUAUCAAGAAACUGGAAGAUGCUGAGCUAAUCAACGUAAAUGAAGGUGGACGCGACAUAUCUGCGACAGAAUAUGGAGAAAUAAUGAGUCGGUAUUACAUUCGUUUUCCAACGAUGUGCCUCAUUCUGAAUCUUCCAGCGAGGGCUGGUCUACGUGAAAUGUUGGAAAUGAUUUCCAACGCAACAGAGUUUCAAGACGUUCGCAUUCGUAGUGGAGAACGCACUAUGCUGGAGGGCCUGAAAGGCGAAAGCAAUAUCCGAUUCCCACCGCAACGGAUCAUGAAGCCUUCCGACAAGGUCUUUCUAAUGAUACAGGCCGUUCUAGGUGGCGUGAACUUGAAUAGUCCGGACUAUAAGGCACCCGACGCACAAGCUCCACAUUUGGAAGCAACCUCUAUGUUCAAGCACGCGCCCAAACUCGCGAAGGCUAUCGCCGACGUAGGCACAAUCAAGAAUAACGGCCAUUACAUCAAGUACGGAAUGGAUCUAAUGCGAAGUUUAAACGCUAGAACGUGGGAAGAUCGGAUAGGAGUCUUGAGGCAGAUCGAUCAGAUCGGAGACAAAUCUCUACUCAUACUGCAAAACGGUGGAAUCAAAGACAUACAGUCCUUGCGCAAAGCAACUCCAGAAAGGCUGGAACUGCUCUUGGGCCGUCAUGCGCCAUUCGGUCGAGACGUCUUGAAAUCGGUGAAGACCCUUCCGGAUUAUUCGCUGUCCGUUGAAGAGACCUCGAUCGACCCAUCAAAAGACAAUCGGCCGGUAUGUGCUAGGUUGCAUAUCUCCAUAAGCGUUGUCUGCGAAAUUGGAAGGAAGAAGAAAGGAAAAUCAUUACAUCUUGGUGCAACUUCGAUUUUGACGUGGACAUCGGACCUGGAGGUUGUGGACUUCCGUAGAAUACCAACUAAAGUGCUUGUGGAAGAAAGCAAGGACUAUCACGUUGAGGCAAUGCUUACGAAGCCAAGUCAAUCCGUCAUGAUAUCCAUCAGCGGGGUAAGCGGCCCAUUCAUGACAACUACCCAUCAAUGUGACUUGAUCUGGGCCCGCAGGACAACUUUGCAGGACUCACGGUGACUAAAGAAUACAAACCGGCAUUGGCUCCCAAUCAGUAUCCGACUAUGCUGACUCGACCGACGUUCGGCGCUAGGCAAGGGUCAUCGGAAGAUGAGUUGCCCGCGAAAUGCAUCGAGCGCUCGGACGUAAAUCAGGGAGCAUUCUGGGAAGAGCAUCAAAUCGCCAAAGAUGACGACUUCCUGGACUUAACAGGGCACGAUGAUCAAGAUAUCAAUACCGCCUUCGCUAAGGUAAAAACCGGCACAUGGACUACAAAGGCAACCCCCCCUCAGCAGCACACCCUGGAAGGCAACUCUCUAUGCAACCAUAAGUGCAAGGACAAACGCCGUUGUCGACAUUUGUGCUGUCAAGAAGGUAUACCAGCAAGACCUAUCAAGAAUCUAGACAUGCGAGUUUCGAUCGAAUCACAUACGACAAUGACGACGACGGGUUCCAGACUGAAUCGUAUUCCCUCAAGGAGAACCAGCAAGGAAUCUACCGCCCAGGACAACCUGGAUUCCCCCGCACUUUCCCCGGCGAAUCUAGGAACUGCUAGAAAGGCGAAAGUGAAUGUGCUGUCUCCGGCUCCUGCAACUACGCGACGGAACGCUAGGUCCUUUGUGAUCAAGCCUGUUUCUGCUAAACUUAGAGACGAGCUUUUUUCCGAUAACGACGAACUUCCUUAUGUUGACUCUGUCAUUCAACAAGCCACCGAUUUUAGAAACCAGAAUCAUGACGAUGAUGACGAUGAUGUUCAAGAAAUCUCGUCGAGUCCUCUUGUAUCAUCGCGUCCUCCAGUACCCCUGACACCAUCCCCGAAGGACGGGACCGCCCUUCUGACCUGCAAUCGGAAGCUGCGGGGUCGUGCAUUGGACAGCACAAACGAGUCUCGCCCCGCGAAGCGUCAGAGAAAAUCAUCAGGGCCGAUGCAUGCGGUGCGCUCUGUUGAUACGCCCAAACCUCAUACGGAAACCUCCAACGCAUCAAGGCUCGCUCAGUUCGCCAAUUCCUUGAGGAAGCCAUCUUCCUUCUACGAGCUUCCAGAAGAUCGUCAUACAUAUCGCCUUCCAGACGGAGCAACUACAGAUAAUGGAGUUGUACAACUUGCAGAUACGCCUCUCUUCCUUCCAACAUCGGACGAGGCAAUGGGUGAUGUGUCUAGGUGUACCCAGCUAGUCCAAUCAACCUCGGAUGUUGACAUGCCGACACUACUCGACAGAAUCUGUGAAAUCAUGCCGUCUGAUGAGGAUACCGGUCCUUUUGAUUAUCCUCACGUCAUGGUAGAUGCACUGAAGCACGAGCUACAUCAGGAUGCCGUACCUUUCGAAAAUGGAGCUGCUCUGUUCAUGUCUGACGACAUGAUUGACUAUCUUCCAGAGGACAUGGGAACCCAAACCCACUCCAUGCCUGCUGAUGACUCUGUCGCUGUUCUAUCUACCUCAACACAUGAAUCCACAUAUGACAUC